AUGCCUGCAACCUUUUUCCUUAUCUUCUUCCUCUUCAUGGUGGCUUCUCAGUCGACAUGGUUCCCUAAUUACCCACAUUAUCCACACUUGUUUUCCGCUCAAGAACGUUUCAGAAAUCGCGGUGAUAGGCUUUCCAAACCUUUAAUUGGAGAUAGUGGAAGAAUUUAUGCUUGUUCUGAGGAUAUGUUAUUAGCAUUUGAAAACAAUGGCUCCAUAGCUUGGUUUUUACCUUUGGGUUUCGAAUGCAACGUGUCUAAAGCCCCAGUUCAUGGUGGCAGAGGAAAGAUAUAUUUGAUUGCAGAAAACAGGGUACUCCAGAUCAAUAUAAUGAAAAUUGGAACUUCAGAACCUGCGGUUCAAGUUCUGUUUGAUCCUGGACCAGGUCAACGAGGAGAUGAAAUUGUUGGGAUUGCAGUAAGUACGUUGUGUUCAUCUGUGAUCAUCAAUGUCAAAAAUCGGGGUUUGUUUGCCUAUUUGAUCCGGGGACAACUACUUUGGAGUGUUGGACCAGUGAUAGAUCAGUAUGGUUACAGGCAAGGUUGCUGGAAAAAUGUUUCGGAUUGUUAUUUUGCUUCAGCCCCCGUGAUUGAUCAAUGCGAAGCUAGUGUUUAUAUCUCAAAUACUGAAGGGGAACUUUAUUCUCUGUCGAUUCGAAGUCCACAGUUUAAAUGGAUUCAGGACUUAAGUUCAUUUGAUAAGCUUUACACUAUUACACCAGGAAAUAAUGGCCUCUUAUAUGUUACUGUACCGGUUAAGUCUCUUAUUUUGGCACUAGACGUUUCUUCAGGGAAUGUUCUUUGGCAGACCAGUAUUGGACAACUGAGUUCUGCAGAAUCUUCACCCGUGGUUGAUUCUUAUGGUUGGGUGACAAUUGGUUCAUUGGAUGGAUUUUUAUACUCAUUUUCUCCUACUGGCACUCUCAAGAAAUUUCCUAAAGCAGCUGCAUUAGAUUCUGUGAUCCAAUUUAGUAUUUUCCUCGACUGUUCUGGAUAUGCAGUAUAUUUCUGUCAGACAGAAAUGGAGGAAAAGGUUAUCCAUAUGAACGACCAAUUCGCUCAUGUCUCUGCAAUGAAACCGAAAAGCUCAAUCUUUACAUUGAUUGUUCCAUCUACUGGCAAAAUCUACUGGUCUGAAAGCAAUCAUGGCCCUUUUUUAUCUUCAUUGUCUCAGAGUGAUCUGCAGAACUUUGUAGUGGAUGAGGGUAUGCUUCUGGCUUUUGUCACUGCUUCGAAGAUUGGUAACCAGCUAUCUUGUCGCAGCAAGGCUCUGAAGCUUGCAUCCAGCUGCUCCCAAGGAACACGCAAGCGCCAGAGUGUCUACACCGGUAAUAGAAGUUCCAUGUUUCUCUUGUUGUUAUUGGAGUCCAUACUCCUGGUAGUUUUAGCUGUGGUCGUGCGGUUCUGUUGUGUCUUCUGGAGGAAAAAGAAGCUUCAAGAUCAAGACCUUGGACGCUUUCUAGAAAAACGAAGAUCUCUUCAACUUAAGAAGAAAGCAUUUGAUAGAACAAUUACAGAGCUUGAGCAUAAGGCUACUGAGGAAGCAGUAGCCACUGAAGAAACAAUGGAAGAACUUGGCAAACUGGUUCGAGAAAGGCAAGGCAUCGAGAGAAAGCUCCCCACAACCUACAGUUUAGGCAGAGAUGAAAGAGUUUUAAAUCCAAAGUCUGUUCUUCCAUUAUCUACAGGAAGAACAAGGAGCUAUUUAUUCCGUAGGGCAAAGAAAGGAAGUGUUACAGUUUUCCACACUUUAAGCAAUACAUCUUCUGAAGGAAGCAGCAGUGAGAUAGAAUAUGUUUCAGAUUCUGAAGUAGAAGAGGAGCCUGUUGUCAAGGGAAAGGCAAAGGCAGCCAUUGAAGAUGAAAGUUCAAGUAAUGAUGAACAGCUUGGGAGAAAACAUCAAAGAAGCCCGUCAGAACCAGCUUCAAGCUCUAAAGGCUAUACGGAAUCUUUGUUUGUUGAGCAAGAAUCUGGGGAAGAAAAUUUUCAGGAUGAGGGAAAGGGGGUGAAAACCGUGCCAAGUAGUAGCAGAAGCAUUUGGUUAAAGAGGACCUUUUCUUCAUUAAACUGA